UGCACGUUUAUCAGUGUUGUUUUUGCUGCAUACUCCGUUGGUUGUGGAAAAGUGUGUUGUACCAGUCUAAAUCGUUCUGUGCGCCCUUGUGUGCUGUAGAAAACUUCGGUAACACCUAGUUCUCGCGAAAAAAUAUAUAUAACCCUUUCACUUGUGUAACACCAUUCAUAGAAGUGUUUGCCUUGUUUUUCAGAGUUCAAACGAUGCUGUCUUCUAUUGGAAGCUACAUUUGGGGUAGCGCGGAAAACGAGAGCCCGCUGACGGAAAUUUCCUUGACGAUAAAUGGGAAACCGUACACCGUCAAUUCUAAAACCGUCUCCGCUGAUACGUCGCUGAACACGUUCAUUCGGAAUCAUGCCCAUCUGACGGGCACCAAGUUUAUGUGCCUGGAGGGUGGGUGCGGGGCGUGCAUCGUCAACCUGAGCGGCAUCCAUCCGGCGACGAAGGAGAAGAAAUCAUGGGCCGUCAAUUCGUGCCUCUAUCCACUCUACGCCUGCCAUGGGCUGGAUGUGAAGACGGUCGAGGGCAUCGGCAACAAGAAGGAUGGUUACCAUCCGAUCCAGGAACGGCUGGCACACCUGAACGGGACCCAGUGUGGCUACUGUUCGCCCGGCAUGGUCAUGAACAUGUACAGCCUGCUGGAGGCGAACCAGGGUGCGGUUUCGAUGGACGACGUGGAGAAUGCGUUCGGUGGCAAUAUCUGCCGCUGUACCGGCUAUCGGCCGAUCCUGGACGCGUUCAAAUCGCUGGCCGUCGAUGCGGACGAGGCACUGCUCGACGCGUGCCAAGAUAUCGAGGAUCUGACGAAGCGUAGCUGCCCGAAGACGGGUAAACCGUGCGCCGGAAAAUGUGCCGCGGAAAGCGUUAACCCUAACCGGGCGGUUCGGCUGGUGUUUGACGAUGAGAAGCAGUGGCACAAGGUGUCCCAGGUGGCGGACAUUUUUACCAUCUUCGAGCAGAUUGGCAGCAAGCCGUAUAUGCUGGUGGCUGGAAAUACCGCUCAUGGCGUCUACCGGCGAAGCAACUCGCUCGAGGUGUUCAUCGACAUCAACUCCAUCGAAGAGCUGCACACCCAUUCGGUCGACGCGAACGCCCUGGUGGUCGGUGCCAACGUGUCCCUGACCGAGUUCAUGCAAAUACUGUCCACUACAGCGGUCAAUCAGCCCACCGGGUUUGCCCACUGUGCCGCGAUGGAAAAGCACAUCGAUCUGAUCGCGAACGUGCCGGUGCGCAGUGCGGGCACGAUCGUGGGCAAUUUGAGCAUCAAAAACCAGCACAACGAGUUCCCGUCCGAUCUGUAUCUGCUGCUGGAAACGGUCGGAGCCAAACUGACCGUCGUUGAAGCCGGCGGUAAAACAACGCUCGUAACUCCGGCCGAAUUCAUCAAGAUGGACAUGCAGAAGAAGGUGGUUAAAUCCGUCACCCUGCCGGCACUCGACUCCAACCGGUAUGUGUUUAGAUCUUUCAAAAUUAUGCCCCGCUCCCAGAAUGCCCAUGCGUACGUCAACGGCGCGUUUCUGACCAAGUUCACAGAGGAUGGUGUGACGGUGGAGUCGAUCAAGAUUUGUUUCGGUGGCAUCAAUCCGGAGUUCACACACGCCACGGAAACGGAGAAGUUCCUGGCCGGCAAGAACUUGUUUGAUGCGGAAACCGUCCAGGGCACCUUGGCCCAGCUAAGCAGCGAGCUCAAACCGGACUGGGUACUGCCGGACGUGUCGAGCGAGUAUCGAAAGAACCUAGCCAUGGCUCUGUUCUACAAGUAUCUGCUGAACGUCGCGCCGGAAGGAACGGUCCUGGUUAAGCCAUCCUACCGUUCCGGUGGUGGCGUACUGGAACGUCCCCUGUCCACCGGUCAGCAGACGUUCGAUACGUACAAGCGUAACUGGCCGCUUACGAAAAACAUUCCCAAAAUUGAAGCCCUGGCGCAAACAUCCGGUGAGGCAAAGUUUACCAAUGAUUUGCCACCGCUGCCGGGGGAAUUGUACGCGGCGUUCGUGGUAGCGACGCGGCCACAUGCACGUAUCGCCCAGAUUGAUGCAUCCGAUGCGCUGAAAUAUCCCGGCGUCGUUGCUUUCUACUCCGCGAAGGAUAUUCCCGGCACGAACAACUUCAUGCCGGCCAGCCUUGGUAACACGGAUGUGGAGGAAGUUUUCUGCAGCGGUGAGGUGCUCUACCAUGGGCAACCGGUCGGUGUUUUGCUGGCGGAAACGAUGGCCCAAGCAAACCACGGUGCCACCCUGGUGAGGAUCAUGUACGAACGGAUGGCAUCGCAACCCGUCUAUCCGACGCUGAAAUCGCUUAUGGAUGACGCCCGAUCGAAGGCGCGGAUCUUUGACGAACCCCGACGGAGCUCUCGGGCGCGGGUGAACCCUAUAGAGGCCACCCGGAAGAUCAUUGGCCGGUUCGAAAUGGCCGGCCAGUAUCACUACACGAUGGAGACACAGACGUGUGUGUGCGUACCGAUCGAGGACGGUAUGGAUGUGCACAGCUCAACCCAAUGGGUCGAUCUGUGUCAGGUUGCGAUCGCGUCCAUGCUGAAGGUACCCGAGAGCAGCCUCAACUUUACCGUCCGCCGACUGGGUGGUGGCUAUGGGUCGAAGAUUUCACGUGCCGGUCAGAUUGCGUGCGCCUGCGCGCUGGCCGCACACCUCCAGAAUCGCCCGGUUCGAUUCGUCCUUACGAUCGAGUCUAACAUGGGUUCCAUCGGUAAGCGGUACGGCUGCAUCACCGACUACGAGGUGGACGUGGAGAACAACGGGCGCAUUGUUAAGCUGGUGAACAACUACAUGCAGGACUAUGGAGCAUCGCUCAAUGAAAACGUCGGUGCCGCAACGACUGAGUUCUUCAGCAACUGCUACGAUAGCAAGCAGUGGAAAGUUGAUGGGAAGAUGGCGAAAACGGACGCCCCCAGCAAUACGUGGUGCCGUGCCCCCGGCACGACCGAAGGCAUCGCGAUGAUCGAGAACAUCAUGGAGCAUCUGGCGUGGGAGCUGGGAAUGGAUCCGCUCGCGCUGCGCCUAGCGAACAUUCCCCAGGGGAGCAAGAUGCGUGAGUUGAUCCCGCAGUUCCGCGCGGACGUGGAAUACGAUCGUCGCAAGGGCGAGAUCGAUCAGUUCAACGCGGCCAACCGAUGGCGCAAGCGAGGCAUUGCCGUGUCCGUGAUGCGCUACCCGCUCGGGUACUUCGGGGCGCUGCACGCACUGGUCGCCAUCCAUGCCGGCGAUGGAACCGUCUCGGUGACGCACGGUGGCAUCGAGAUGGGCCAAGGCAUGAACACGAAGGUGGCGCAGGUGGCUGCGUACGUGCUGGGACUACAUCUGGACAAGAUCAGCGUCAAACCGACCACGAGCCUUACGUCCCCGAACGCCAUCGUCACCGGGGGUAGCAUGACCAGUGAAGCCGUCUGUUACGCCGUAAAGAAAGCGUGUGAAAUACUGCUCGCACGCAUCAAACCGAUCCGGGACGCGCACAAGGACGCACCAUGGGAAACGGUGACGCAGCUCUGCUACGCCGGCAAUGUGGACCUUUGUGCCACCUACCAGUACAAGGCGUCCGAGCUGACGCCGUACAUCAUCUGGGGUCUCAGCUGCGCCGAGGUGGAAGUGGACGUCCUGACCGGCAACGUGCAGCUGCGCCGUGUCGACAUUCUCGAGGACACGGGCGAAAGUCUUAGCCCCGGUAUCGACGUCGGCCAGAUCGAGGGUGCGUUCAUUAUGGGCGUCGGCUACUGGCUGACGGAAUCGUUGGUGUACGCGGCGGAAGAUGGCGCCCUGCUGACCAACCGCACCUGGACCUACAAACCGCCCGGCGCGAAGGACAUUCCGGUGGAUUUCCGCGUUCGCUUCCUGCAGAAAAGCUCCAACCCGGCCGGAGUGCUGCGCUCGAAGGCGACCGGUGAGCCGGCCCUCAACAUGUCGAUCGUGGUGCUGUUUGCGCUCCGGAAUGCGCUACGGGCGGCACGCAAAGACGCAUCGCUGGCGGACGAUUGGAUUCCGAUGGGAACGGCGUCUACGCCUGACCAGAUAUACAUGCUGGCUGGCAAUUCGAUCGAGCAGUACAAGUUGAAUUGAUUGUUUGGGCACACGUCUUGAUCAACGAACAUGACAGUACAAAUCAAAUAACCCUCAAAAGUACACGGAAGUUGUACUGAAGCGAACAAACAAAACGCAAACUUAGGGGAAACCACAGAUAGAUUAAGCGUUUUCUUUUGUCCCUAUUGGUGUCGGUGCUACGUACACAUGCAUAAAUAUAAAUAUUAUUACACAUCAUGUUUUCAAAUAAACUCCCAUAC